AUGGCGUUCCAAUCUGAGCCCGACCCCGAGGAGCGGUUCCCCCACCACCCGCUCUUCGCCCACGGGCAUGAUGAUAAUGUUGGCUGCUGGACCACCAUCGAUGGCCGCAUUGACGGCGAAUUGGAAUCCCUGAUCGACACGCUCGAUCCAAAGGGGCUGCACGCCCGCUAUGUGAACACCUUAGCUGGGACCCAUGCAUCUGCCAGCUAUGAGAUCAUACGCGACAACAGAGCGUACGGGCGCACCCUGCUCACCCUCCGCAUCCUCGUGCAAAACCGGCGCAAAGAGAAGACACCGAUACUGGUGUUCGGUGCACGUGCCCAAGUGCUGAUCAAGGUGUCGUCGACUGAUGCGGUGCAGCGGGGCAGGACGGAGGCCGACAACAUGGUUGUAUUCAUAAAAGACGGGCGAGUACUCCCCCGAAUGACAUCGGUCAUCGACGCGGUCGCUGAUAUGAUUUGCGUCUAA